AUGAUUACCUCACCUGUCACUAAUUUAAUCGCUGAACCAUUUAUACAAGCUAAUUCCGAUAGAGAACCAUCAACCGUUAAUCAAUAUGCAACUAACUCUUCUUCGGCUGCUGAAUCACAUAAAAGAAUCGAUUCUAAUAAAAAAUCUUCAGUUAUUAAGAUACCUAAAACUAAACUUUCACCAGCUAAACCAUAUACACAAACUAGAAAUCGGCGCAAGUUAAUAGACCUGGCAAAAGACAUGUUAAUUAAUCCGAACGCAUCAAAGCAAUCUCCUUCUGUUUCCCCUAAUUAUCAAAAUUUAACUUAA